AUGGCUCAACAUGUUGUGCUCCCACCCAUCCUGCAUCAGGUGGCGCUGGAAGAAAGGUUGCUUUUAACGCAAUUGCGUCAGCUACUGGAGGAUUGGACCUCGCACAUCAUCCCGCCCAGCCUCACUACCUCCCCGCGCAAUGAUAUUGUAGCUUUUGCGUGCCAGCGACUACCAGAAAGCUUGAAGUCUCGCUUCCUGACCUACGCGGACACGCUUGCUACUGCUCUGCCGAUGGAGGGUCUCUGUGUGUCGCUGCCGCCGCCUUAUGGAUGCGUGCAUUCCUCGAUGCACGAUGCGGAGGCUCUUGCAUGGCAUGCGCUCAAUACCUACUCUGGGCAGCCGUGGACGCUGGCUCGCCUACUGCUCCCGUUGCUCCCCCUGGAGCCGGACGAACGAGCGCAUGGUACAGGCCUCACGCUGAAUCUAGGACUUUAUGUCAAAGGCGGCAUCCACGGCUACUACAAGUACACCAAGCUCUUUCCGAAUGUGUGCCGAGUCCUGAACAUGCUGAUCAUGGCGGUGUACCCGGGCCACAAAUGGUCUGCGCUUACACUGGGUGUGGACAACCGCACACUGCCGCACAAAGACCGCUGGAACUCGGACCAUGACUCUCUCCUGGUGGGACUCUCUCAUCACCUUGAGGGUGGCCUUUGGGUCGAAAGGGAGAAUGGCAAGCACUUCGAGGAAUGCGACGAUGAUCUCCGUCCGGGUGAUGUGUGGGAAACGGCCGGCCAUGCUAUCCUGUUCCCGGGACGCACUCACUGGCAUUCCACGCUUCCAUGGACGGGUGGCAACAGAGUGGUCCUGAUAGCAUAUGCACCGGGUCACAUUGCUACAGUUCAGUCGCACCAGAUCGCCCACCUUGUGGAUCUGGGCUUCGUUCCGCCAGCGGUCUGA